GGAGAUUGAAUAUGAAAAGUGUUCUUUUGAACUGGCCAUUAUAUAUAACCUUGGUAGCAUAGGGACCUGCCCUGCUCUGUUCUACUUGUUUGUGAACCUUCACUCACCGAAACCACCUCCACCUAUCUCUGGCCAUGGACACGGAGUCACCACCGCACUCCUCCUCCAUUGUGAGAUGCAUGGCCUCACCGUCAUGGUUUCCACAUGGCCGCUCGCGCUUCUACCACCACCACCUCCUCCCCCGUGACGAAAACGGUGAGGCUGUCCUUGACCAGAGCCGCGGGUGGCGUGGCCUCCUCAAGAAGCUGCUGAGGGAGAGCAAGGGCAUCCGGUGCUGCUGCAACCCCAAGCCACUCAGCUUCGGCUACGAUGCCGAUAGCUACUCCAAGAAUUUCGAUGAUGGUCGAAGCAGCAGCAUGGAUCACUCCAAUGACAUCUCUCAUCUUUAAUUGUUUCCUCCUCCUCCUCCCCCUCCUUCCUCUUGUAAUUAACUAUUGUAAUUAAGUCGAUUAUCUCAUAUCCUCCUUGUUGGCAUCA